AUGGAUGUUUUUGUAUCAUUACUUUUGAGCGAUGUUCAAGUUAAUCGCGGUUCGUCGAAGCUCACGAAAUUGACAUUCAGGACGCAGACACAGCGGGCGGUGGAAAUCGACCUAGUUGCAAAAAAUAUAUCACAAUCAGCACCUAUGGAGUUCAUUCAAGAUCGCUCGAAGUUUCUAUUGAAACUUCCGUCCUCGUUUCGCAAUGUUGAGGCCGAGUUUUUGAAGGGCUCCAAUCUGUGCCUGACUGAAUCUACUGAAGCAGAUAAUAAAAGUAAGAAACAUCCGAUUGAAACAAAUUCUACCCGAAUGAUCAUUCAGCUCAGCCCGAAAGUUAACGGAAAGUUUACUUUGCAAUUAAUGGAGGGUGACCAGACCCUUUCCAAACUCUCUGUCUUUUUCUAUAGCGAUACGUCAAACGCUGCCCCUUCACAAAAAUCCGAAAUAAUCGAUUCUGCAAACUUGGCAGACCAUUCGGCGAAUCCAUUCCCAAUAUCUUUGGAAGACGGACCCGUCUUCCGAGAAACCCUUCAUGAUUAUGAAACCAAAAUUACGAAACUAAAGCAAGCAAUACGGUCCACAAAUGACCUUUUAAUCAGCUAUGAAUCCUUAUCCAAUCAACUUUACAGUUCUAGAGCGUCGCUAAUAAAGUCUUUCAGUGUCAUUGAAUCGACUUUCCCAAGCUUCUACCAUUGUGAGUUUGACAAAUCUAUCCUUUACUCGUUUGAGAACCUAACGGAUGAGAACAAGUCUGCUAUAAGGCAGCUGAAAUCCAGACUCUCGUCAACUAAUAAGCUCUCCGGGUUAGAAUCAUCUUUGGCAUCCAAGAAAAGAGUGUUUGAGGAUGAAAGCAAAAAGUAUUACGAUUGGCUUUCGAGGUUACUCAGUUCGGGCAAGUCCAAAGAUGAUAAACUUUUUCAGAAAAGAAAAAGCUUUGAAUUGGCCAAGAUUGAUUACUUUGUUUUUCUUUUCGAUACACUUGUGGACCUUAUUUUAGACUUUUGCAGCCACCAAAAUUCCUUCAUCAAUGCAUACAGCUCCUCAAAAUCGCAGCGACAGAAAAUCAGAGCAGCAGUGGAACGUGCCUCUUCAAUGGCUGAAUUGAAUGUAGAACUAUCCAAGAUUCAUGGAAUUGCGGGUCCUAACAAGUCUGGUAUUCUGUUUACUCAAGGAGGCCAAGGAAAAUCUGGUUGGCACAAGCAAUGGGUUGUGCUCAACAACGGUAAACUUUCCGAGUUCAUGGACUGGCGAAAAGGCACCUCAAGACGAAACGAGCCUAUCGAUAUUUCUCUAUCAAGUAUCAAACCAUUGGAUAUGGAAAAGCGCAAAAACUGUUUUAGGGUCAUCACUAGUACUGGGAUAGAACACUAUUUCCAAGCAACCUCGGAGGAAGAUCGCGAUUCCUGGAUUCAAGCGCUAUAUGAUGCAGGUCAACAAAUCAACUUCCAUAAGAGUAAGGGUGACUUGAAUAAUGAUCCGCUUUUUGUGAACGCUAGCAAGACUAAAGAGAUACAGUCUUCGAGCAACGGGCCGAAAAAAGAGUCCUUACAAAUUGACAGUAGGCAGAGAAGAGUGUCAUCUGUUUCCUUAGAGAAUCUGCGCAUGGUUCAAAAGGCCGAUAGCAGUAAUACUCGCUGCAGUGAAUGUGGAUCAACGGAGUCAGUUGAGUGGAUUUCUAUGAAUCUGCUCGUGAUCUUCUGUGUGAAAUGCUCGUCUUGCCACAGAUCGCUUGGGACUUCCAUAUCUAAGGUUCGCUCACUCAAACUGGAUGUUUUUACUCAGGAAGGCUAUAAACUUCUGCAGUACAUUAACAACAGGUCAAUUAAUGCCAUAUAUGAGGAGCUGCUGCCCAAAGAAUCUCACAUCAGCCCCGAUUCUAAUGAUAAAGAACGACUCAGGUUUAUUACCGAUAAGUAUGCAGCGAAACAGUACGUGAAUCGGAAAGACGCUGCAAAGGCAUCUGAUUUCUUGAUCCAUGGUGUACGAACUCAUAAUAUUCCUGAAAUAAGCAGAAGUUUUGCUCUCGGGGUUGAUCGCGAUUUGAAAUUGUACAAGCCUGCUGAUCAGCUCUCAAAUUUGGAGCCCCCUGCAUUUUCUGUUUUGGAGUAUGCUCUGAAUUAUCCCUCUUUAGAGGGUAAAGAUAAAUCCAUAAAGGUUUUUGAUCUCGCUGAGUAUCUCAUUCUGAAUGGAACAAAAUGUGGAGACAAAGUUCAGAAUGUAAUAGGCUUGUCCGACGAAGCAUUGGAUUAUUGGCAAUCAAAAAUUGACCGCUUCAAAGGGAACUCUACCCAAACCACUAAUACCCAGCUGUUGGUGCAAACAGCCGCUACAUCGAAAUCCACGCCGAAGGAGCAUAAAUUCAAUUUGCUCAAAAAGAAGAUGAGAAACUGA